AUGAUCGGGGAACGUCUCCUGCUGUGGGUGGCCCUGAUGUGUUGUGGUGGCUGUACUGAGGGCAUCCUCCAGUCCACACUGGUGUUGGAUAUGGCAAAGCUUCUGCUGGAUAAUUAUUGCUUUCCCGAAAACCUGGUGGGGAUGCAAGAAGCCAUCGAACAAGCCAUCAAGGGCGGCGAGUUCUGGGACAUUUCCGAUCCCAAACUUUUGGCGACUGUUCUGACAGCUGGGGUUCAAGGAGCCCUUAACGACCCGCGGCUGGUGAUUUCUUAUGAGCCCUCCACUCCUGUUGCCCCCAAGCAAGCAGCAGAGAUUUCUCUGACCUCGGAGCAGCUCUUAAGUCUCAUCCAACACACAGUGAAGUCUGAGGUGCUGGAGGGCAACGUAGGCUACCUAAGGAUCGACUCCAUCAUCGGUCAGGAUGCUGUGGAGCAGAUUGGGGCUUUCCUGGUAGAAAAGGUGUGGAAAACCUUGAUGGAGACGUCAGCUCUGGUCCUCGACCUGCGUUACAGCACUGGAGGGCAGGUUUCCGGCAUCCCGUUCAUUAUCUCUUACUUGUACAACGAGGACAGGGUCCUGCAUGUGGACACCAUAUACAACCGGCCGUCCAAUACGACCAUGGAAAUCUGGACUUUGCCGAAGGUGCUGGGUGUGAGAUACAGCAAGGAGAAGGACGUUGUUUUGUUGAUAAGCCAGCACACCACAGGGGUGGCGGAAGAUGUGGCCUAUAUCCUCAAACAAAUGCACAGGGCUAUCAUAGUGGGGGAGAAGUCAGCCGGGGGCUCCUUGAGCGUCCAAAAGUUGCAGAUUGGGGCUUCCCAGUUCUACAUGACAAUUCCCCUAUCCUGCUCUGUGAGUCCCUUGAGUGGAAACGGGCAAAGCUGGGAAAUCGGUGGCGUGGAGCCAUGCGUAGCUGCCUCAUCAGAGCAUGCUUUGGAGACAGCCCUGGGCAUCAUUUCGCUACGCAAAGCUAUCCCUGGCAGUAUCAACCUCUUGAUGGGUAUCCUGAAGGACAACUAUGCUGUGGUAGACCGAGUCCCCACCCUGCUGACGCACCUCUCUGCUUUCGACCACUCUUCCGUCCUAUCGGCAACUGAGCUGGCUUCCAAGCUUAACGCCGAACUGCACACUGCGUCGGAAGACCCGCGCCUAUUCUUGCGGGCUGUCGCCCCGGGCGAAUUUGCAGCUGCGCCAGCCGAAGAGCAGGUUGCCAUGGCUACCGACCUACCUAACGACGAGCAACUCAUGCACGCCCUGGUAAAUACCGUGUUCAAGGUGUCGGUACUGCCAGGCAACGUGGGCUACAUGCGCUUCGACGAGUUUGCAGAUGCUACGGUGCUGGUCAAGCUAGGGCCCUACCUCGUUCGUCAAGUCUGGGAGCCCCUGGAAGCCACAGACAAUUUGAUCAUGGACCUACGGUACAACAUCGGAGGCCCCUCCUCAACCGCUGUGCCGGUGUUGCUCUCCUACUUCCAAGACCCUUCCGCUGGCGCUGUGCAUUUCUUCACCACCUAUGACAGGCGCACAAACCAGUCCCAGGACCACAGCAGCAGGGCUGAAAUGCUAGGCAAGCCCUACGGAGCUCGGCGGGGCGUCUACCUGCUCACAAGCCACCACACGGCCACAGCCGCCGAGGAGUUUGCUUACCUCAUGCAGUCCCUCGGCCGUGCCACCUUGGUUGGCGAGAUUACGGCAGGUAUCUUGACCCACUCGCACACCUUCUGCAUUUUGCAGCUCAGUGAAGGAGCAGAUUGCGGCCUUCUGAUCAAUGUACCGGUCGUCUCUUUUAUCGACAACCACGGGGAGUGUUGGCUGGGUGGCGGGGUGGUUCCCGAUGCCAUCGUGUUGGCUGACGAGGCUCUUAAAAAGGCACAGGAAAUACUGGCGUUCCACAACGGCAUGGGAGUACUUGUCGAGGAAGUAAGGCAGUUGCUGGAGGCCCACUAUGCCAUACCGGAAAUGGCCACCAGGAUCAGUGGCGCCCUCCGUUUCAAGCUGGCCAAAGGCGGGUAUCGCUCAGUCGUGGACUUUGAGACCCUCGCUUCUCAGCUGACCAGCGACCUUCAAGAAACCUCUGGGGAUCAUCAGCUGCACAUCUUCCACAGCCACGUGGCACCGCCUCCAGAGGAGCACUCUCCUGACAAGAUGCCCACUGCUGAGGAACUGGCUUACCUCAUCGAGGCUCUUUUCAAGGUGGAGGUGUUGCCAGGCAACGUGGGGUACCUGCGUUUUGACAUGAUGGCUGAGGCGGAGACGGUGGAGGCUAUUGGGCCACAGGUGCUGCACAUGGUUUGGGACAAGUUGGUGGAAACGGAAGCUAUUGUCGUCGACAUGCGCUACAACACAGGCAGUUACUCCAACGGAGUGCCCAUUUUUUGCUCCUACUUCUUUGACGCCGCUCCUCAGCGACACCUGUACACAGUUUUCGACCGCAGCACCUCUCAAAGUACCGAGGUGUGGACUUUGCCCGAGGUGACCUGCAAACGUUACGGCUCGGCUAAGGAUGUCUAUAUCCUAAUUAGCCACAUGAGUGGCUCGGCUGCCGAAGCCCUCACUCGCUCUUUGAAGGACCUGCAUCGGGCCACAGUAAUCGGGGAGCCCACGGUCGGGGGCUCGCUUUCGGCUGGUAAUUACCACAUAGGCAGCAGCCCGUUGUACGCAUCGAUCCCCAGCCAAGUGGUGCUCAGUCCAGUCACUGGCAAAGUGUGGAGCUUGUCUGGAGUGGAGCCCCACGUCACCGUGCAGGCUCCAGAGGCCUUGGCUUCCGCCCAGAAGAUCAUUGCCUUGCGCGCCAGGUUGCCCAGUGUGCUGCAGACCGUGGGCAAACUGGUGGCCGACAACUAUGCCUUUGUCGAUAUUGGGGCUACAGUGGCAGCCAAGCUUGCUGAGCAAGCCGCCUACAGAAAUGUCAACUGUGAGGUGGAACUGGCUGAGAAAAUGAACGCUAACCUAAAAGCUCUCUCUGGAGAUAGGCACCUCAAAGUCACCCACAUCCCUGAGCAUUCAAAGGACCACAUCCCAGGUAUCAUGCCCAUGCAGGUAAGUUCCUAUUCGGGGUGUGCUACCUCUUUGGUUUCUGCCACCCAAGGUGACUGCUUCAUCCUGCCUCAUGGGUGGGCCAGCCCUGCUGGGAAAUGUGGCAAACGUGUGUGUAUGUGUGUGUGUGUUUACUUUGUCAUCCUAUGGCAUCACUGAACUUUCUGCUACCCUGCCACGUUAUAGAGUAUUAGCGGCAAAUCAUGUGUAUUAUUAUUAUAUUAUUCAUUUCUAUACUGCUGUAUAUUUUUAGGGGGGAUCUCAAAGCAGUUUACAACCUACAUUAAAACAGCAAAUAAAACAAUUUAGAAUAAAACAUUACUGAAGGAAGUCGAAUAUAAAGUAUACAUUUAAAUACAAUUAACAUUCAUUCAGACAUAAUUAACAGGAAACUAAAAUAUUAUCCUGAACAUUAAAAAAAACAACAACUACAGAGGAGGUCAACUGCAGAAUCCACAUUUAGCAGAGCAAAGUUAACCAAAAAAAAUCUUAAACAUUUCAAAAGAAAGCAUGACUAAGUGAAGUCAAAUAUAAAAGGCACAUUUGAAACAGCACAACUAGCAAAAUAAUAAGUUGCCCUAUUCUCUCCACAGUGUUACUAUCCCUUUCUACAGUUUGUUUGUUUUUAAGAUGAAAGACACUUUUAUUGUUGCCCAUAUCAGUUUUUUUGCCCUUCCUGUUGUUCAGGGUGUGUCAUCCCCCAGUUACAAUUUAGGGCCAAGCUAGAUGUAUGCAUUUAGCAUACCGUAUUUUUCGCUCUAUAAGACGCACCAGACCACAAGACACACCUAGCUUUUGGAGGAGGAAAACAAGAAGAAAAAAAUUCUGAAUCUCAGAAGCCAGAACAGCAAGAGGGAUCGCUACGCAGUGAAAGCAGCAAUCCCUCUUGCUGUUCUGGCUUCUGUGAUAGCUGCGCAGCCGGCAUUCGCUCCAUAAGACGCACACACAUUUCCCCUUACUUUUUAGGAGGGAAAAAGUGAGUCUUAUAGAGCAAAAUAUAUGGUAAUUUCUGAGCAGAGCCUCCUGCACUGUGAACAUGCACCUGUUCUGACUGCAUGACCUGCACUCUGCAGAUUCUAAACACAGACUGUAUCAUCGCACAUGCUCUGUUCAAAAGUCAGAAGCUGCAAGGAACAUGUGGGCAUAUCAGGGCAAGUGAUGGCAAUCUUGUCUCAGUUCUUCAGUGUAACAGAUUCUCUGCUGAGGGUUGCCAUAGUUCAAAAAGUAAAAUUCCUGACACCUGCAAAGUCGCUGAACUUUUUUUAGGAGUUUAAGCUUAUUUUUAAGCUUAUUUUUGGGAACAAACCCAAUUUUUUGAGCUUUUUUGGUAGGGGUGGACUAACCCAAACAGUGAUUUUAAGCUUUUUUUUAGCUGUUUCCUUUGCUUUUUCCACUGCGUUACCAUACAUCCGGGUUUUCCCUGACCUUUUGGCAAAAAUCCCCCAACACCAUUUGUGCACCUGAUGACCAGGACAUGUCAGGGAUUUUCCUGACAUAUGGCAAGCAUACAACUGCUGCAAUUAUCUGCAUGCCUAUUUAAAAGCAAAUCCCAGGGCAGGGUGCAAUUUAAGGUACCAUGGAUAGGCUUGGGCGGUAUAGAUCCAGAAUCAAAGGUUAGCAGUAUCUAAGCAAAACUGUUUGACCCCAUGGACCAGAGCACGCCAGGCACUCCUGUCUUCCACUGCCUCCCGCAGUUUGGUCAAACUCAUGCUGGUAGCUUCGAGAACGCUAUCCAACCAUCUCAUCCUCUGUCGUCCCCUUCUCCUUGUGCCCUCCAUCUUUCCCAGCAUCAGGGUCUUUUCCAGGGAGUCUUCUCUUCUCAUGAGGUGUCCAAAGUCUUGGAGCCUCAGCUUCAGGAUCUGUCCUUCCAGUGAGCACUCAGGGCUGAUUUCCUUCAGAAUGGAUAGGUUUGAUCUUCUUGCAGUCCAUGGGACUCUCAAGAGUCUCCUCCAGCACCCGUGAUGACUGUAUGUAUGUAUUUAUUUAUUUAUUUAUUUAUACAUACAUACAUACAUACAUACAUACAUAACCUGCCCAUCUGGCUGGGUUUCUUCAGCCAUUCUGGGCGGCUCCCAAAAGAAUAUUAAAAACACGAUAAAACAUCAAACAUUAAAAACUUCCCUAAACAGGGUUGCCUUCAGAUGUCUUCUAAAGGUCAGAUAGUUGUUUAUUUCUUUGACAUCUAAUGGGAGGGCGUUCCACAGGGCGGGCGCCACUACCGAGAAGGCCCUCUGUCUAGUCCAGUGGUUCUCAACCUGUGGGUCCCCAGAUGUUGUUGGACUACAACUCGCAUCAUUCCUAGCCAGCAUGAUCAGUGGUCAGGGAUGAUGGGAGUUGUAGUCCAACAACAUCUGGAGACCCACAGGUUGAGAACCACUGGUCUAGUCCCUGAGUCUGCAGGUAACCUACACUAAUAAAACACAACGUCCAAUGUUUGCCUCCAUGGUUUGUUCUUUAACACAGGAAAGCAGCCUUAACUUAAUAGGUUCAACAGAUGGCCGUGGUUCAUUUUAAAGAUAUUAUUAUUGCAGGUUUCGACACAUUCGUUUAAAAUUCUGAUUUCUACUUACACCAGGUUUGCGAGUGCGUGAGAUGCUUUUACUGUAACUGAGAUGUUUUCGCAUUAAAAUGCAUAUACAGUGGUACCUCAGGUUAAGUACUUAAUUCGUUCCGGAGGUCCGUUCUUAACCUGAAACUAUUCUUAACCUGAAGCACCACUUUAGCUAAUGGGGCCUCCUGCUGCCGCUACACCGCCGGAGCACGAUUUCUAUUCUCAUCCUGAAGCAAAGUUCUUAACCUGAAGCACUAUUUCUGGGUUAUCGGAGUCUGUAACCUGAAACGUAUGUAACUCGAGGUACCACUGUAUCUGCUCAGGAGGGAAGUUGCUGUCCCUUCAUGGUUUCUGACGGGUUCAGAGUACAAGGGGCACCCAGUAGAGAAACAAGAUUUAUUUAUUCUCAUGUAUAUUCCCCCUUGGGAAACGGGUGGCACUGUGGGUUAAACCACAGAGCCUAGGAACUGCCAAUCAGAAGCUCGGCGGUUCGAAUCCCUGCAACGGGGUGAGCUCCAGUUGCUCGGUCCCUGCUCCUGCCAACCUAGCAGUUCAAAGGACGUCAAAGUGCAAGUAGAUAAAUAGGUACCGCUCCGGCGGGAAGGUAAACAGCAUUUCCGUGCGCUGCUCUGGUACGCCAGAAGCGGCCUAGUCAUGCUGGCCACAUGACCCAGAAGCUGUAUGCCGGCUCCCUCGGCCAAUAAAGCGGGAUGAGCGCCGCAACCCCAGAGUCGGUCACGACUGGACCUAAUGGUCAGGGGUCCUUUUUAUAUUCCCCUUUUCCUCUAAGGAACUCAAGGCGGUGUAUAUGGUUCUCUCCUUCCCACCAUUUCAUUCUCACAACAACCAUGUGAGGUAGGAAUGAGGCAGGCUAAGAAACAGGCACCGGCCAUCAUGGCUGAGUAGAGAUUUGAACCUUGGUCUCCCCAGACCUAGUUCUACACUCUACUCAACUGGCUUAAUUUCAAUGAGACUAGGAGCCGUGAUGUGCUCAUGAUCUCCACCUCGUUCAUUCAUUUGACGUUGCCCUUCUAUGUUCUUCAAACCAUGGCAGAUCCCUUCUCCCGAAAUGUUUGAAGACCUCGUGAAGUUCUCCUACCACACCAACGUGCUUGAGAACAACGUGGGCUACUUGAGGUUCGAUAUGUUUGGUGACUGCGAUCUUUUGUCUCAGCUCUCUGAGCUGCUUCUGAAACACGUUUGGGAGAAGAUCGCCCACACGGAUGCGCUAAUCAUAGACCUGAGGUAACUGCUAGACCAAAAAUUAUCAAGGACUGGAUGAAAUCAACGCAGAACCAAUCAUAGUUUUCUUUUCUUUCUUUAAAUGUUAAUUUUUAUUUGAUUUUUUCCUAAGGUUAUAACAAAUUUACGUCGCAUACAUCGCUCACUUAUAUUUUUCUUGUUGACUUCCCACUCCUCCAGCCUGGAUAUUUUUAUUCUUAUCCUUAAUUGCUACAUUAAACCCCCAAAUCCAUCUUGUCAUUUCAGCCCCCCGCCGCUUAUAUCUCGAAUCCUGCUCACUAGUUCAUAUUGCUAAAAUACUUUGACAGUCUAAUAAAGGCCUCCAAUUUUCCAUAAACAAUUUGCAAUGUUGAUCUGUUAUGUUUUACAAUCAAUUUUGCCAUUUCAGCAUAAUCAAUUGAUUUUAUAAGCCAUUCUUGUUUGGUUGGAAUCUCGUCCUUUUUCGGCGUUUAUAAGAUUCUGUAGUUGCUGCAUACGCAAAAAAGUAAAAAUAUAAAAAAUUAGUCAGCUUCUUCAGAGCUUCUAUCCCAAUUAUCCCUAGCAAAAAGGCUUCAUGUUUUGGGGGAUCAGCAAUUUAAGGAAUUAAUUGUAAUUUUCAAAAUGGAACGUACACAGUAAAAGUGGUGUUUCUCAAAGCUUCAGAUUUAAUCUCUUUGCCCCUUAACCACUUGCAUGGGUGCAACUGAAUAUUUCAAAUGUCAUGUGUGCAGUUGUAUGGCAGCAGGCUAUAGCUUCGAACCUUCACAGUGAACCUAUGGUGAUAACAACAAAAACAACAGCAACAACAACAGCAACAACAACAACAACUUAUGUAUACUCUGCCCAUCUGGCUGGGUUUCCCCAGCCACUCUGGGUGGCUCCCAGCAGAAUAUAAUAAUAAUAAAGUGAUAAAACAUCAAACAUUAAAACUUCCCUAAAUAGGGCUGCCUUCAGGUGUCUUCGAAAAGUCAGAUAGUUGUUUAUUUCCUUGACAUCUGAUGGGAGGGCAUUCCACAGGGCAGGUGCCACUACCGUGAAGGCCCUCUGCCUGGUUCCCUGUAACCUCACUUCUUGCAGUGAGGGAACCACCAAGAAGACCCUUGGUGGAGUUUCUCAGUGUCUGGGCUGAAUGAUGGCGGUUGAGAUGUUCCUUCAGGUAUACUGGGCAGAGGCUGUUUAAGGCUUUAAAGGUGAGCACCAACACUUUGAAUUGUGCUCGGAAACGUACUGGGAGCCAAUGUAGGUCUUUCAGGACCGGUGUUAUAUGGCUUUGGUGGCUGCUCCCAGUCACCAGUCUGGUUGCUGUAUUCUGGAUUAGUUGUAGUUUCCGGGUCACCUUCAAAGGUAGCCCCACGUAGAGCACAUUGCAGUAGUCCAGGCGGGAAAUAACCACUCUGGUGAGAGAGUCUGCGGGCAGGUAGGGUCUCAGCCUGCGCACCAGAUAGAGCUGGCAAACAGCUGCCCUGGAUGGAGAAUUGACCUGCGCCUCCAUGGACAGCUGUGAGUCCAAAAUGACUCCCAGGCUGCGCACUUGGUCCAUCAGGGGCACAGUUACCCCAUUCAGGACCAGGGAGUCCUCCAUACCAGCCCACCCCCUGUCCCCCAAGAACAGUAAUUCUGUUUGUGAUCCAGAUUCCCUCCCUUCACUGAAUAUACGUGUGUUCAAACCAUGCAGCACAUUUUAGAAAGUAUGUCUGCCUUGUCCCACAGGUUGAACCUUAUGUGAUCUGGGCUUUCUUCCUCUGUUUAGAUAUAAUAUAGGAGGCUCUACAUCUUCCGUAGCAGCUCUGUGUUCGUAUUUCUUUGAUGAAGGACACCCAGUUCUUCUGGACAAGGUCUACAACAGACCCAAUGAUACCACCAGAGACAUGUGGACCCUUUCGCAGCUUACAGGUGAGAGCAAUUAUACUUUUGGUUUGUAGGUGUCAAUAGAUUUCCUGAUACCUAUAUUAGAAAGCCACUGACAGCAUGUAAUUUGUGAAAUGUCAGAACGGCUGAUAGCAUGAAUCAUUGUCAAGCAGUUCUGAUUAAGAAAUGGGGGGAUGCAAUGAAUACAUGGGGAAACAGUGUUUAACACCUCACUUUUUGUAAUGUUUGAAAAUGGGGUGUUACUAGGGCUAGACCACCGAGUGUGAGGAAGGUGGGAGAGCUAAAUCCUCAGGUCAGGAGGGACCUGGGAAGGCACCGAAAGUUCCCCACUGGGUAGAGCAGUUUGUAUUUCCCCCUGCAUCUUCCUCAGGGGUCCAGGUUGAGGAUGACAUUACUCUCGCUUCAGGCAGUUGCCUUGUUCCGACUGUCUGUGUGGCCUUUAUCAAGCUGCACUUUUUCGGCCUUAAUUUGCAAUCUGUAGAGCAGAAGGAAUAGCCACUUGCUUUUCAGGAUUGAUGUAAGCAGAAACAAGAUUCAUAUAAGGCACUUCUAAAAUUGAGACACUAUGGACUCAACUACAUUAGUCGAAUUAUAACAUUAUAAAUGCAUUAUAACACUGUGACACCAAAUGGCGCUGUAGAGCUGAAAUGGAAAGUCAAUAAUAAUUUCCAUUGUGAGCUUUUACAACUUUCCCCCCAUAGUGUUUUUUUAUAGCUGUGUAGAUCCAGCCUACGCAAAUUAAGUAAGGAUUUCAAUUUUGUUGUUGAUUUUGAACCCUUGAGGUCUUAUUACCCCUUAUUUCAUAGCUGCAAGGAGGAGGGGAGCCAAUCGUAGGGUUGAAAGGGACCAAUGUACUAACCUACUGCAUGUUAUCUUGCCUCUUGAAGGUAUGAGAUACGGUUCCAAUAAAGGUCUAGUCAUCCUCACCAGCUCUGUCACUGCCGGUGCGGCCGAGGAAUUUGUGUUCAUCAUGAAGAGACUGGGCAGAGCCUUCAUCGUUGGGCAAAGGACCAGCGGGGGUUGCCUCCAGCCUCAGACAUACCACGUGGAUGGCACCAGCCUCUACGUCACCAUUCCAACUUCCAGAUCCACCAUUUCCAUGGAUGACAUCUGGGAGGGUGUGGGCGUUAGACCUCACAUGGAAGUUCCCCCUGAGGUGGCACUCAUCAAGGCUAAGGAAAUGUUGCGGCUGCACAGGUCCAGCUAA